AGUGUAACCACAUGUGUUCUCUCCUCCAGGCUGGCAAGGGAGCAGGGCCUGGGCCUGCUCUGGGGAGAGUAUCUGAUCAAGCCCCACUGAUGAUGGGCCAGGGGGAGGAAGGUGACGAAGAGGAAGCCUGGCUGCAGCUUCGGCCGGUGGAGCCUUUGCCCUCCCAGUGCUGCGGCAGUGGCUGCUCGCCCUGUGUGUUCGACCUCUACCAGCGAGACCUGGCAAGGUGGGAGGCUGCCCGAGCCAGCAAGGACAGGAGCCUGCUGCGUAGGGAAGAGACACAGAGCUGCCCUUCCAAGCUGAGCCCAGAGACCUUCCUGGCCUUCCUCAUCAGUGCUGUAGACAGGCUCACCAAGGACACCUACCUUGUCCGGUUUGCACUACCUGGGAACAGCCAGCUCGGCUUGCGGCCUGGCCAGCACCUCAUUCUACGAGGGACAGUAGAUGACUUAGAAAUUCAGAGAGCCUAUACGCCCAUCAGCCCUGCCAAUGCAGAAGGAUACUUUGAAGUUUUAAUCAAGUGCUACCAGACUGGGCUGAUGUCCCAAUAUGUCAAGUCCUGGAAAGCAGGAGACACAGCUUUCUGGAGAGGACCCUUCGGAGGCUUCUUCUAUAAACCAAACCAGUACGGGGAGCUCCUCAUGCUGGCUGCUGGCACUGGCCUGGCUCCCAUGGUGCCCAUCCUCCAGAGCAUCACAGACAACGCAGAGGACGAGACCUUCAUCACCCUGGUCGGCUGCUUCAAGACCUUUGAGGGCAUCUACAUGAAAACCUUCCUCCAGGAGCAGGCCCGUUUCUGGAAUGUCCGCACCUUCUUUGUCCUCAGCCAGGAGAACUCCCUGGAGCAGCUUCCCUGGAGCUACCGGGACAGGACCCACUUUGGCCGCCUGGACCGGGACCUGCUUGAAGAGCUGGUCGGCUCCUGUCGGAGAAAGCCGUUCGCCCUGGUCUGUGGAUCAGCUGAGUUUACUAAGGACAUGGCUGGGUACUUGCUGGACGCAGGCCUGGCCCAGGACUCCUACUUCCUCUUCUAGGCCUUGCCUCACUUCUAAAGCUCAGGCCUGGGGCCCGGCACUGGGAAGCAGGAAGGAUCACAGACUGGAAUCCGAAGACAUGAAUGGGAGACCACUGUUUAUGCUCCAGGUGACCUGGGACAAAUAUCUUUGCCUCUGCAGACCUCCAUUUCUCAUCCAUCCCACGAGGUCACUGUCACUCCGACAGGCAUUCUGCUGGGAGGAGAAAGGAUGGGGCUGUAGGAGUCCUGAACAGGAAAGUAUACAGUGGGCAGUCAGGGAGGACUUCCUGGAGGGAGCCAGGUCCCAGCUGAGUAGGAAUUGGCAGGAGGAGGACUGGGAGGGGCUUUCCUGAUUCUCAGCCAAAGCCUGCUUUCCCUGGAGUCUGUGUAUCUUGUGGCCUCAGGGCCAGCUCAGAGGAGGGCCAGCUCAGAUGAGGUGUUCACUGACUGUUUAGGGAAUGGCCACAGGGGAGGAUAAAGGAAGAACUUGCUGUCUGGGCCUCCAGUACUGUGAGCCUGACAUGAUGAAGGUCGAGGCUUUUUUGACCUGAUCACGUCUCAGAACAAGGUGGGGCCCUAGACUACCUUUCUUUUGGCCCCAGGCCUUUCCUGCUGCAAAGGGCUUCCCUCUCAGUCUCCCUUUCCUGGCUCAAGAGCCCAGCCCAGAGUCCUUUCCCUGGCAAAAGAGUUACGGAAGGAAGCUAAUGCCCCUCCCUCCUGCAGGCAGCCAGCUCAGCCCGCGCCUGCAGCUCAGCGCCCUGGUGACGGUUGCUAUGGAGAUCUAAAGAUAGAGCAGGAGUCGGGAGACCUGGGUCCCUCUCGCUGCUCUGCCCACUGAACGAGCUGCUGCUGGUUCCGAUCCACUCACCCCUCCCCUCCACACGCCACCCGCUCCAUCCUGCAUGUGGCAUGCCCUCCCCAGGGAACCCAGUGCUCCUGGGCAGCACACUGCAGUUAAUGAAUUCUGCUUUUUUGCAGCCUGUGCUCCUGUCUGCUGCACCAGCUCCGGCUGGCUACAGGCAGUCCCAGAAUUGGAAUAUUAAGCCAUGGAAUCUCAGAAUCAAAGGACCGUAAAAUCGUAGAGUUAGAAUUUUGCAGUCAUAAAAUCACAGUCUUCAUCACAUGCGUGCGUGCAUGCUAAGUCACUUCAGUUGUGUCCAACUCUUUGCCCGCCAGGCUGCUCUACCCACAGAAUUCUCCGGGCAAGAAUAGUAGAAUGGGUUGCCAUGCCCUCCUCCAGGGGAUCUUCCUGACCCAGGGCUCGAACCCAUCCAUGCCACCCGCAUUGGCAGGUGAAUUCUUUACCACUGGCAUCACCUGGGAAGCCCAGUCCUUAUCAUAUAAGAGGUUAAAGCUCAGGACUCCAGGAAGUAUCCCGUCUACCAGACUCAUUGUAUCAAUGUGGAAACCAGUGCCCAGAGAGGCCAUGUGAUCUGCCUUAUAUAAAACAGUUCAUGGCAGGGCCAGCUCAGAAGCCAGAUUUAUAAUGUCAGCCCUGUCCACAGAUUCUGUACCAGUGAUUUUUUUAGACUGGACUCUGUAGGAUAGCAUAGUUCCUGGCAUGGGAGGUGUGAAGGAAUGGCAGCUGGGUGGGAUCCCCAGGACCCCCUCUAACCAGAGCAGUUCUGUUUUUAUCUCAUUUAUAUCUUGGGGCUUGGAGUCAUUUUCAGUUGUGAAGUAGGGUUUUCCUGCACUGCCCAAAAAGUUGCAACAAAACUGUGCUGUGCCAUGUUCAAUAAAUAAGGACAGGCCAUUGGGAGAUGGUGCCAAAGGUUUCAAACCAAGUUUCACAGGCACCAUUCCAUGGUCAAAUAGAUGUGGGGAAUACAGCCUGUGGCCUUUGCCAGCAAUUAUGUGCAUGUGAGCAUAAUAAAGAUUCUGAAAAGUCCAGUGGUGAAGAAAGAUUUUUCGUUUUAACCAGGAUUUCCCAGGCUUUUUAAACUAGAGAACAUUUUGAGACCAGCCUUCCACAGACUGAGCUUCAGGGAAUCCUGGUCUGUUGCAAAGCCCCUUUUCAGCCUAGGGUAAGGAAAAGGCCCUUCUCUGAGCAGCAGAGGUCCCAGACAGGAACUGUGAUCUCAUUCCGCCUCUCCUGUGGCUUAAGCGAGGCAUUUUUCCUUUCUCAGGGUCUCAGUCAGGGCAUCUUCAUCCAACUUUUCCUCUCCCUCAAUUGGUAUGUCCUAUUGAUUCUACUCACAGAUACUCUUGGAGGGCCAGUUGGGAGCCAGACUUUGAGCCACUGAGGGCAGUUCUGGGAAUCUCCAUCAUGGAGCUUACAGUAUGACAAGGAAGAUAAGAAUUAAAGUUGUUAUUCUUAAAGAGAUGAGUAUGCUAAAAUUGGAAGUACGGAGUGCCAGGAGAAUGGCUGGCUCUAGGCUGGUCUGGGGGAGGCUAAGACAUGCCACUGUGCUGAGGGUGGAGGCCUCUCACCAUUGUUACGGAUGGUCAGGGGUCCCCACCUAAGGAGUGAAGGAUCUGGGGCAGUUCUUGUAUGUCUGUCUUUGUCCCAUGUUAGAUAUUUGGUGUAUAGAUGUUACCACCCAGUGAAAACUGACGGCCUUUCUUAUCUUAGGAUGUGUCGCCCUCCCCUUCCCCUUCUUCCAUAUGGGAUCUGUGUGCUCUGGAUGCUGGUGGGGCUUCUUAUCCUGGGACACUGGUGAGAACCCAGCCAUGUCCUUGGUACCAUGAUACCGAAGGGCUCACAUCGUCCAGAAGCUUGAGAGCUGGUGGCUGGGUCCUGUGCCUCAAAAGAUAAUAAGUGAGCCCAAGAGGAAGACUCGUCGGGGUGUGUGAGCAUGGACCUCUUUGAAUCACGCUCCCCGCAUCCCCAGGCCCCUGGCCCACACCUGCUCCUGGAUGAUGCUGACAGGCCAGCGGUGGUUCGACUGGAGCCAUGACUGUGUUCUCGAAGACGUCCGAUUCUGGAACAGUGAGAAUGAGCCUGGAGGAGGGGUCUCUACUAAGAGGUGAAUCUUCAUGCCUUGCUCAGUGACCACCUGCAGGGAACCUCCAGACAAGUGGUUCCAGAAAAGUCUCCAGAACGUCCCUACUGGCUCCACCCAACCAGACCUGAAGCCUGUCCAAGUCCCUCGCCCCCUACCACCACACCCAUGUUAAUAAAACCAUAGCCUGCCUUAC